ACCUUUACUUAGCCAGUCUGCUCUGCACUGUCGUGGGGGGCGUACGCGUCGCCAUCUUGUUUACGCGGGAAAAUCGCUAACGUAUUUCGCGCGCUCCAAUUUCAAAACUAAUUCUGUGUUCGAAUUUGUGGAUUGCCAACUACCAUUGUGAUUUUGAGUGAAGUUUUUAGUGAAGUGAAAAUAUACAAAACAGUGUUUAGUGGAUGAAGUAUCGACCGGUUUUUAAAACCAACAAAUCGCCACGAUGCAGUGCAUAAAAUAAAUUGAAAAAAUGAUAAAAUUUUGAAAUAAAAUGUUAGAGGAGAUCGUUUAUACGAUUCUCCCGAGCAAACGGACGCUGAGGUGUAAAAAGAAACCUUAUGCAAAUCCAGCAAACAAGAGAAAAGAAGAGAACAGAAAUAAAGAUGAUAAUGCAAGUGAAACAUUUGGAGAACUCGGUGUAUCUGUGGACAAUGAAACACACACGUUUAAAACACCCCGUUUCAAAGUGCCAAUGUUGAUGUCAUUCCUCAUUUUCUAUGUAUGUGUAUUAAAUGUGAUAAUCUCGUGUGAUGUUAGUAUUAGUGAUGUAAAUAUCAAAGAAAGAAAAGGGGGUUUGUAUGAACGUGAAACUGUUAGAGAAAAACCCAAGUACUGGUAUGGACAUAGGCAUGAUGGCUACGAAGGUUACGGUAAACCUCUCCGUAAAGGUCGAGCGUCAACUAAAAGACAGACUGAUGAUGGCAAACCAGAAAAGUAUCCAGAAGCUCAAGAAUUUUUUAAGUAUGAUUACAUUAAGGAUAAAGAUGAUGUGCCCAAUGCAACUGAAUUUCCGAACUAUUUCCAUAUGGGUAACUACGUUCGUGAUGACUCGCGAGCUGUAGGCUACCCUCACGAUCUCGCAUCACAUCCAUAUUUCGUAAAAAAUAUUCAGUUCAACUUAAGGCCAGAAAGGCAUCAGUUUAUGGAGAAAAUUGUGAAACUUGGUGUCUUGUUACCUGCUGAUGAGACUCAAGUUUUUUCACUUGGAAAAGUUUUGCCCAUCAUAGAGAUGGCAAUACCAGCUGUUACGGGAAGUGACGGUCCUUUACCAGGCUGGACUAUCUUGGUAGACUACAGAGAUACAAGAUGUUCUUCUGUAGAAGGACCAUUGGCUGCUUUUGAGUUCUACGUCCACCAAGCUGCUGAUGCGUUUAUCGGUCCUGGUUGUGAGUACGUGAUAGCACCAGUGGCGAGGUACGCCGGGCCUUGGGGCAUCCCAGUCCUGACUGCCGGGGCGCAGGCCGAAGCUUUUGGGUACAAGGACCCCAGUUACAGCACCUUAACCAGAAUGAUGGGAAGCUACACACAAGCCGCUGUCGCGAUCCGCAAAGUCUUUGAGGAAUUCAAGUGGCGUCGCCUAAGCAUGCUUUACCACAACUAUGAUCCGGCUUCAGGAAAAGGGAAUAGUCCUUGUUUCAUGACCUUAAGCGCUGUCGUCACCGUUUUAAAGAAGAAUAAUAAAGGGGACAACAUAGCAACCACCAUACCUUUCGAUGAAAGUAACAUUACUACCACAAAGAUAAAAGAAUUGCUACACAAACUAUCUAAACACAGCAGAAUUGUGGUAGUGUGUGCGAACCCGAGCACGGUUCGUGAGAUAAUGUUGGCAGCGGACGAUCUGAACAUGGUGUCAUCUGGCGAGUACGUGUUCUUCAACAUCGAGCUGUUUUCUAACCUCGCCUCAGCAUCAUCAAAAGAGCCGUGGAAAGUGGAAGGUGACACUGAGGAACGGAAUGAGAAAGCCAGGAGAGCAUACAGUGCUGUGCUGACAGUCACCAGCCCUGCACCAGAGAAGGAAGAGUAUCUUGCGUUCUCUGAUCAGGUGAAAGUAUUGGCCGCUACGAAGUACAACUACACGUUUGGUAAAGGCGAAGUGGUAUCUACGUUCGUAGCAGCGUUCUACGACGCGGUGCUCCUCUAUGCACUCGCGCUCAACGAUACGCUACGAGAUGUCGAAGACCCGAGAGGACCACUAGAUGGCGCUGCCGUGAUUAGGAAAAUGUGGAAUAGAACUUUUCAAGGAAUUACUGGAGAGGUGGUCAUCGAUUCGAAUGGGGAUCGUGUGGCGUCUUAUUCUCUACUGGACAUGAAUCCUAAUACCAGUCAGUUUCAGGUCGUAGCAACGUAUUUAGCUGAUGACUCAACUCUGCAGUUCAUCAAAGACCGGCCUAUCCACUGGGCUGGUGGUAGAGCUGGUCCACCACCUGACACUCCAAUAUGUGGCUUCGAUGGAUCACUUUGUCCUGAUAACUCUCUCCCGGUGUACGCGAUUUUGAGUAUAAUCCUCAGCUCAGUUGUGGUCGUGUUGGCUGUACUCUCUGUUUUCAUAUACAGGCAUUACAAGCUGGAAGCAGAGAUAGCCAUGAUGACGUGGCGAGUGAGCUGGAGUGAUGUGCUUCAACCAGGUGGUCGGUUGCGAGGGAGUAUGCACUCAUUGGCCAGAAGAUACAGUACUGGGACUACAUUUUCGGACGAAGCUACAUCCUUGGCUGGAGACAGACAAGUAUACACCCCUUGCGGUUUCUACAAAGGCUGUCGAGUAGCCAUCAAGAAAGUGGACAAACAGCGCAUAGACCUCACAAGACCACUUCUUCUAGAACUGAAGAAAAUGAAAGACUUAGAACAUGAUCAUUUGGCUAGAUUCUUUGGAGCGUGUGUGGAUCCUCCCCAUUGCUGCCUACUGACGGAAUACUGCCCUAAAGGAUCUUUGCAAGAUAUUUUGGAAAACGAAUCUAUCAAACUUGAUUGGAUGUUCAAAGUCAGUUUGAUGCAUGACAUUGUGAAGGGCAUGCACUACCUCCACGGCUCAGACAUCAGAUCUCACGGCGCUUUGAAGUCAAGUAACUGCGUGGUGGACUCACGAUUUGUUCUGAAGAUCACAGACUUUGGACUACAUGCGUUAAGAACUUCGGAGAAGGACUCCAGAGCACACAGUUAUUGGACCCGUCUUCUCUGGACGGCACCAGAACUGCUCCGAACGGCUGAACCUCCGCCAGAAGGAACACAGAAAGGAGACGUGUACUCCUUUGGUAUUGUCAUGCAUGAGAUCGUUAACCGACAAGGAGCAUUUUGGCUUGGUCCUGGCAUUGAGAUGGCUCCAAAAGAAAUCAUUGAAACGGUGAUAUCAAGUGGACUUCGUCCAAACACUUCUCACCACCGCGAGCGCUCAUGUGAAGUAGACGAUGCCACUGAGCUGAUGCGGCGGUGCUGGGCCGAAGACCCUACGGAGAGACCCGACUUCGCUCAUUUGAAGGGAGCGAUCCGACGCCUCAACAAAGGUCAAGCCAGUAGCAAUAUUUUAGAUAAUUUGCUUUCCCGUAUGGAGCAGUAUGCGAAUAAUUUGGAAUCAUUAGUUAGUGAAAGAACACAAGAUUAUUUAGAAGAGAAGAAGAAAUGUGAAGAGCUGUUGUAUCAGCUUUUGCCCAAAUCUGUAGCUUCGCAAUUGAUUAAUGGGCAAUCCGUGGUCGCCGAGACAUUCGAACAAGUGACGAUCUAUUUCUCAGACAUCGUCGGGUUCACUGCGCUCUCUGCCUCCUCCACACCUAUGCAAGUGGUCGACCUGCUCAACGAUUUGUACACCUGCUUCGAUUCCAUUGUUGAGAACUAUGAUGUCUAUAAGGUGGAAACAAUUGGCGACGCUUACAUGGUUGUGUCUGGUCUACCGGAGCGCAAUGGCACUCGGCACGCCUGCGAAGUGGCUCGGAUGUCUCUGGCACUUCGGGAUGCCGUCAGCCGAUUCCGUAUCAGGCAUCGACCACAAGAUCAGCUGAAACUCAGGAUUGGAUUACAUUCUGGUCCUUGCGUAGCUGGUGUAGUAGGGCUUAAGAUGCCUCGGUACUGUCUCUUCGGCGAUACCGUCAACACAGCAUCCAGGAUGGAGUCCAACGGAGAAGCUCUCAAAAUCCAUGUGUCUCCAGUCACGAAGGCACUGCUUGAUCCUUUCGGAACCUUCAAUUUGGAGUGCCGAGGAGAAGUCGCUAUGAAGGGUAAAGGAAUUCUAGUCACAUAUUGGUUGUUAGGUGAAAAGGUAGAUCCAAACGCACCAAAAGACAAACCAUCAUUAGUCAAAACCCAGACACUUUCAACGGAAAGCGGAUCAUUAUCACACCUGACGCCAUUUAGACAACGAUUAGAACAAAGCUCCCGAUCCUCAAGUAGGCGUGGAUCAGGAAUAUUUAUUCAAAAAACUGACACGAGCAAAUUAGAGAAAGAAGUUCAACCAUUGUUACAAAACCUGAGCAUUCAGCGACAGCAUUCGGAUCCUACAGAACCAGUGUCCAAUGGUGUCACAGACAACGGUGACGACGUAGACAAACAAAGUGUCUCAAACUCCAUAUCACUAAACGUCAAUUCGUUGAACCAUAAUUCUGUUCAAUCCAGUCAACCGAGAGUGAAGUUGAAAGAUCUACAAAACCAAAACUCAGUCGGGAACCACAAGACGAACAAAAUAGGUAAUAACAAUUGGAUUUCCAAAUUACCCACAGCGAGCUCAUUUGAUAACGGCACCAAGAAAGGAGCGGAGCGGUUAAAGGAUUACAGCAGUGUCCCAUUACUGUCUAAAGCUGAUACACCAAACGAUUCAAUUGUAUAGACUCUCUGUAAAUUUAGAAAUGAAAUUUAAUGAAUAUAUUUCCGCAAUACAUUUGUGUGAACACUUUUGCUUCUCUAUCACACUUAUUUCAAUCAUCUGUGGAUGUUGUAUUUGCUCUCACUUGCUCGUUCAAGUAUUAUGUGUAUGUACAUUUAGUGAAUAUAGGAAUACAUUAAUUAAUGCUAAAGCAACUCAGCCCCUAAUGGUCUGCGUUCCCGAAGCCAUUUGUCUCAAUUUAUUAGGCCAUUUCAAGAGAUCGUUUAGACUUACAUAAACCUUCCUUUCCUUUUAGUGAAAGAAAUGAAAGUUACUUAUUACAUGAAUUCAUUUAGUUUCAUUUUCAGUGAUAACCAAUAAAUAUAACAAAUGGGUUAUGUAACAUAAAUAAACAUAAGCUAAUUGUAACAUUUCAAAUAAUUUAUGAGAGACAUAAAGUAAAUUGAAGUAAUUUUAUUGUAACAAAAGUUACAUUGCUUAAUUGGUAACAUUUACAUAAUUAUGCAAUUGAAUAAUGAGUCAGUGUUGAUUUGUAGUUCAAUUAAAGUUAUCAGAAAAUAAUUUUUCCACGUAUUUUUAUAGGAAAUGUUACGAAUAAGGCAAUGUUUGGGAAAGAAAAGAUGUACGUGUAUAAUUUCAAUAAUAAAUAGGUUACUUGGUGUUUUAAUACUUAAGGCGGGAGUAACCAUCGAUUUCUAGAGCUGUGUCAAAACUAUUGUGACUAGUGCAGGAGCGAAAUAAGUCGCUCUUGCGUCUUUUUGCUAUAAAUGUACUUUAGCUUAGUGUACUUACUUUACUUACAUUCCCGAAAAAGAGCUUAAAUGUCUAUCCUGCCAUGGAAUUUUGUUUUUCGAUAAAUAUUUCGGCAUAGGAUACUAUAAUUGAAAUUUGAAUGUUACACAUUGAGCAAGUUUUUCUUAAAACGUAACAUAAUUAAUUGUCUUCAUUUCUCUUCGUGAUAUUUUUUUAUUUAUUUGUAACAUAAUAUUUACAACUAAACUAUAAAACUUAAUUAAUUUUAAUAACCAUUUACAAAGCGUCAAAAAAUUCUCCACAUCGACGUCAAUAGGUAAAGCACCCAGAACGCUGGAAAAAUUGUCACGUAGUAAAUGUAUUUUGUGUCACUUGUUUAAAAUAAAUAUAAUUUGAACUACAGAAACAUUAGAAAGGUUGUCUGGUAGAAAUCACUAUCAGUGAUAAAAUCGGCUUUGUGUCCAUUAUUUUGAUUAUUAAUUAUUUAUUAUGUUAUCGGUUUACUCACGUAACUGUUUGACGAGGAACUUGACUAGUUUCAAGCCAUGCUAGAGGCUCAUAUUCAUGAGCAGCAUUCCACGACACAAGACGUAGUGAGGUUAAGCCGAUAACAUAAAAAUUAACUUAAUAGGUAUGUCUCACGAAAGUUACAAAUUUUUUUAUUGAUGUUGUACAAUAAAUAUGAAUCUAUUUAUCUAUCUAGAUUCAUUUGUAAAUUCAAUCUAAUUCUAUCAGUUUGAUUCAAUAACAUAUUCUAUUUCCCGUGUUCUGGUAUGUUUAGCUCGUUGGCUUAAUUAAUACAAUUUCAGUUCAUGAUGGAAUACAUUAAUAUUGUGUUUACAGUGGGCAUAAUGAAUUUGAGUAUACAUUUAAUUAACUUUAACUUGUUUUGAUUGAAACUGAUAAAUAUUACAAAGUGUCGUUUUGGUAAUAGGGAUGAUAACGGGGUAUGAAAAUUUUAAAUCUAUUUAGUAUGUCAGUUAUGUAAUGAAACAAAAUAUUAGACACGUAUUUUUUAUUUUUUCUUAUAAGAUAAUAAUCUUAGAUAAAACGAAGCAAAGUUUAGGAGUAAGAGCAAACGCGUCAUUUCAAGAAAAAAUACCUAGAAGUAGUUCUGAGUAAGAGCAAACGCGUCAUUUCAAGAAAAAAUACCUAGAAGUAGUUCUAGUAUUUCAAAUCAAUAUAUCUUCGAAAGUAUUUGUUUCCGUAAGAAAAUAAAAAAAUACGUGUCUAAUGUUUUAAAAUAAUCUACAAGAUGGACAUUAUAAUAAAAAUUAGUCAUCUACCCUAUUAUUGACAGUUAUGUAACUUCAUAAAAUUAACGAUGAUUUUUUUCUUCAGACUCUCUAUAAGGGCUUCUUCAUACAAAAAAUAAGUCUUACUAUAAUUUUUUUUAAUUGCUCAAUGUGUAGUUUUUAAUAUUGUUUUAAAGAACAUGACUAAAGGCAUUUUAUUUAUUACAAGUGAUGAGACUAGUGUAAAUAUAUGUACUUAAUUGUUUAUUUAUUGUAAAUAAUUUCUUACUUAUAACUAUUUUGUGAUCUUAGAAUGGUAUAUUUAUAAUUGUAGUUGGUUAAAUGAGAAAGUAAAUGUUUCUUAAAAAUUAUAGCAAAUAUAAUGAGUGAGAAUUA